ACGUGUGAAUUGCACUCACUUCCUGUGCGCGGCAGCUAGCUAGUCAGCUGGAUGCUGCUUGGGUGCUAACGUUACGGAUUUGUUUGAAUUAGUGCUAUUUUUGUUUAUUCUGCAGCUGUAGAUCUUAUUUAAAAUGAACACGGUUCUGUCUAGAGCGAACUCUUUGUUCGCCUUCUCUCUGAGCGUCAUGGCGGCUCUGACGUUCGGAUGCUUCAUCACGACAGCAUUCAAAGACAGAAGAGUUCCUGUGGACCUCCACGUCUCCAAAGUCAUGCUGAAGAAUGUUGACGACUUCACUGGACCCAGAGAGCGCAGUGAUCUGGGUUUCGUCACCUUUGACGUCUUUGCUGAUUUGCAGCCGGUUUUUGACUGGAAUGUUAAGCAGCUGUUUCUCUAUCUGUCUGCCGAGUACUCCACAAAAAGCAACGCUCUAAACCAGGUGGUUCUAUGGGACAAGAUCGUACGUCGGGGCGAAAACACGAAACUGAACCUGAAAGAUAUGAAGUCCAAAUACUUCUUUUUUGAUGACGGGAAUGGUCUCAGAGCCAAUAAGAACAUCACACUGACGCUGUCGUGGAACGUUGUUCCCAAUGCUGGGAUCCUGCCUCUGGUGGCUGGAAGCGGCCACAUCAGCCUCCCUUUCCCAGACACGUACGAGACCACAAAGAGCUACUAGACCGACACAGGGCCACAAUCACCACUCACUGGGGGCUUCUUAAGACAUGAAUGAAUUACUGGUUUGUAAUAAAAGUUUGAAUUACAACAUG